AUGGCCAGACAGGAUCACCGACCGUCCUCGCAGACUCCGUCAACGCCAAAAUCUUCCCGUGCAACGCUUCCAAAAGAUGGUGGAACUGACUCGGCUCACCUCGCGCCCUUUUCUCUGUGGGAGUAUCUCAAAGAGGAGGUGCUGGCUACCGAUGUGGACAGCACACAGGAGAUGAGGUGGGACAGAGUGUCCAACUUCAUGGCAGUGCCGUGGCAGUGCGAAAAGAUGAUCCUCUUUGGUUUCGUCAUCUGUCUGGACUCCUUCCUCUACACCUUCACCAUCCUGCCUCUGCGCUUUGCUGUCGCCGCAACGUUGUGGUGUCGCAAUCUCCUUCACAAUGUCACAAGACCAUCAGCGACACCUCACGUAUCUCUACACUCCUCCCACAAGUGCGAUAUCAUCAAGACUGCCUUGAUCGUUGUCAGUUGCUACAUCCUCAGCCAGGUGACUGACGCCUCAAAGAUGUACCAUUCAGUCAGGGGACAAGACACUAUCAAGCUCUACGUCAUCUUCAAUGUGUUGGAGAUCGUGGACCGUCUAUGCUGUUCGCUCGGGCAAGACCUCCUCGACGCGCUCUUCAGUCGCAGAACGCUUGGCAGGCAGUCUGAUGGUCGUCAACCUCUCAUACGCCCCUUGCAUCUCUUCGUCCUCGCUCUGAUCUACAUACAAAUCCACACCAUCGUGCUCUUCUAUCAGCUGGUCACCCUCAACGUGGCCAUCAACUCAUACGACAAUGCGCUCCUGACUCUGCUGCUGUCCAAUCAAUUCGUCGAGAUCAAAGGGAGCGUCUUCAAGAAGUUUGAAAAGGAGAACCUCUUCCAAAUGACCUGCGCCGAUAUCGUCGAGCGCUUUCAGCUCACACUCAUUCUCUUUGCCAUCGGAGUACGCAAUCUCAUCGAGGUGACAAGUGGUGGAGACAACCUAUCCAGUGUGGCUUCUCGCCCUCGUGGCGGACCACUGGGAGACGUACCCCUCCCCAGGAGCUUCACAGUGCUGCCCAGUCUGUCGGUCCUGGCAACAAGUUUCGCGCCAGUCGUGAUAGUGUUGGGCUCAGAAUGCGUGGUGGAUUGGCUGAAGCAUGCCUUCAUCACCAAAUUCAACCACAUCCGGCCAUCAGUGUAUGGUCGCUUCAUGGAUGUCCUCUGUCGCGACUUGGUCAUUGCUGGACCUGCUCAGAACACGUUCGUGGAUCAGUCCCCUAUUCUCAGUCGGAGGCUCGGGUUCGCUGCACUGCCGCUGGCCUGCCUGCUUGCUAGAGUUUUGGUUCAGAUCUACGGCAUGCUGGGAGACGACUCACAUUACGACGAAUGUGCCAUUCCGAGCUCAGCCGGCCAGACCAGUUCGGGAGCCUACGACUACGUCGUCGCGUUGAUGCGUAACGUCCUGAGAGGGAAAAUUUCGGCCUUAUCGUUUUCUCCCAGUACUUCCCUACAAGCUCUGGCUUUGCUGCUGCCAGUCAUACUCUGCUGGGUCUUCUUGGUGGCGCUGAAAGUCUUGCUUGGAACAGCACUCAUCUCUUUCGCUCACCAUCGCUACAGCACCAUGUCAGCGCGAGAGGUAGAAGAGGAGCUCAAUGACAGGACGCGGCCUCACAUCGGUGUCAACAGUCUUGAAGCCGCUUAUGAGGACAAGGUGAAACAGGUCUUAAGCGGUGCGGAUGGAGCAAAAGCGAGUGGUAGACCGAAGAAUGGGCCUGGCACAGGAAGCAAUCUUCUGGACGUCAAUCGCUACACAAUGGUCAAAAGUCGGCUGUAUUGA